AUUUCUUCAGGUUCAGUAGUGUCCAGAUCUGGCACGCCUCGCUCCGACUGGCCACGCCUUGCAACAACCUCCUUACGCCUUCCCCGCGCUAAACGUGCAACUCGUGAAACAGCCGACUGCCUCUGGCGAUUUCCUGCCGCCUCGCUCCGACGCGCGCGAAGGUUAAAUGGACGAAUCUGAGAAAAGAAAGGAACGACUAAGAGCAAUGCGCACAGAAGCUGAAGAAGCCGAAGCUUCUCAUAGUGUUACAACUUCAGCUGUCCCUGGUUACCUUUCCAAUCCGUUGGCUGAAGAUAGUGCAGCUAUACCAGUGCACGAGGAACCUUGUGCUCCUUCUAGGUUUGACUUUUACACAGACCCUAUGGCAGCCUUCUCUUCCGACACUAAAAGGGUUAAAGUUGGCAACCAGAUUGCGCCAAGUAAUUUCGGACGUUCAAAUACGGGUGGUUCUCCUAUGGCAAGGUUUUCGUCGCCUCUUUCAGGAGGACCAAGGAACCCUGAAAUGACUGCUCCUCCAUCCCAUCAGUUUCAGAGCAAUUAUUCACCAGAUCAGAGAAUGUAUCAAGUACAACAAGGUUUCUGUCAAAACUUUGGUCCUCAAAGAAACCCCAUAGGAAUAGCGAGACCAUUCCCUACGCAUCAUGGAAAUCCACCUGAAGUCUGGAAUGGAGCUGAAGGUGCUGCCAAUUAUAGUUUUCCAUCUGAUCCUUCAAGAGAAUGCAGGUUUCCUAGCCCUGGGUUUAGACCACCAGGAAGCCCUGGAUUUAGACCACCCGCAAACCCAGGAUAUAGACCACUAGGAAGCCCUGGAUUUGGACCACAAGGAAGCUCUGGAUUUGGACCACCAGGAAGCCCUGGAUUUAGACCACCUGCAAGCCCGGGAUAUAGACCACUAGGAAGCCCUGGUUCCAAUAGUGGGCAAGGCAAGGGGCACUGGCGUAGCAAUAGUCCAAGCCCUCAUUCAGUACAUGGAGGCAAUACUAGUCCUGGUUCAAGUUCAGGAAGAGGUGGAGGGCACUGGAGCACGAGUCCUGGAUUGGGACGGAGAGGUGGAAGAGGGCUGGGCUCUCAUGGUCCUUCUGCAAUGGAAAAACAAUUGGGGCCAGAGCGGUUUUACAAUGUAUCCAUGGUUGAAGACCCAUGGAAGUUUUUGAAACCUGUUAUCUGGAAAGGGGUAGAUACUCCCAUGAAACGUUUCUACAGCCCUGGCUCUUCAAAACCCCCAAUUGAAAAAUCUAGUAGCACAAAAGAUGCUAGCAUUUCAGAAGGCUCAAACAAGUCCACUUCACAGCCAAGCUUGGCAGAGUACUUGGCCGCCUCAUUCAAUGAUGCUGUCAAGGACACACCAGCUACAUAACCAUUGCUUCUGGGUUCCAGGAAGAGCCUCUCACUAUAUUAAUGUACCGGUCAAAAAAAUGCAAACCAGAACAUAGAAGCAAGUGGUACAGAAUGUUCAAACAACUGCACUCUACAGCCAAGCUUGACAGAGCACUUGGUCGCUUCAUUCAAUGAAGCCAUCAAUGGUGCACCAAGCAACAAUUGCUCCUGAUUUCCUGGAAGAAGUUCAAAAUACUAAUGCCCUUUAGAGAAAGAUGGAAAACCAUAGUGGUGCUAAGUAGGCACCAACUGGAUCGAUGGAUUUCUAAAAGCACUGAGAGUUUGAUGUGUUGGCAUGCAGUAAUUUUCAAAAACAAAAAGAGAGAUGUCAACUGGCUGCUGGUUUCUGGAAUUUGUUUAAGACGGAAUCAUGGUAUCAGUGUUUUUCAAGUUAAGGAUGCAAUUAGAGAAGUUCCAUU